AUGGACACCUUAAUUGAGGCUCCUGAACGUCUGCGACGAGCGGAGACGGUGCUACGCCAUCGCACGAGCCGCAUCAUUCUGGUGCUGGAGCAAUGUAUGGACUCACACAACCAUCAAGCCGUGCUGCGGACUGCCGAGGCACUGGGUAUCCAGCACGUGUGGCUUAUCACUGCCAAUGACAAGCAGCUUAAGACGCACAAGAAGAGCAGCGGUAAGAAGAUCACCAAGAACUGCGCCGUGUGGCUCACGAUACGCGAAUUCCCGACCAUUGCAGCCUGUCUAGAGGCACUAAGAGUGAGCGAGACGACCGUCUGGGCCACCGACCUGUCACCGCAAGCGGAGCCGCUCGCAAUGGACGACAAGCCCAGUGAACUGCCUGCGCGCUUGGCACUUGUCAUUGGACGUGAAACGGAUGGGGUGAGUGCCGAGAUGCUGCAAGCGGCGCACCGACGAGUAUAUUUGCCGCUCUUUGGCUUCAGCGAGAGCCUCAACCUGUCGGUGGCCACAGCGCUGGUACUUCAGCGGCUAUUGGACUGGUUUCCACAGGUGCGUGGAGAUCUCGAUGAGCACGAGAAGCAGCAGAUUCGUAAGCAAUGGCAUCCUCAGCUGGUGAGCAAUCCGACGCAAGUACUUCAGGCCGAACCGUGGAUUUCGGGUCGAGUACCAAUCCGUCCACUUGACGACUUGCGUCGCAAAACGUACGACGUGUGGAUUCCUAAGAGUGUUCGACGACGCGAGCAAGACAUGCCAGAAGUGAAAGAGCGAUUGGGUAAGCGAAAACGGCAAGCAGAUAACAAGGAGCUGACAACGAAGUGCAGUAAGGCGGAAUGA